AUGGCCCCGGCCCCUGUGGCUGACGACGUCGAGAUGGACGCAGGUGUUCAGGAAUACGAUGAGGAUGAAGAGCAAAGGCUUAUUAACGAAGAGUACAAGACAUGGAAGAAGAAUUCUCCCUUCCUCUAUGACAUGAUCUUGAGCACCGCUCUCACAUGGCCUACUCUGACGGUUCAGUGGUUUCCCGAUGUGAAGGAGCCAGAUGGCAAGAACUGCCGCGUUCACCGUCUUCUAAUCGGAACACAUACUUCGGAAGGCAAGCCAAACCACGUACAAAUUGCUGAGGUCGAGAUCCCUAAGUCUGUCUACCCGAACGCAAACGACUAUGACGACGAGCGCGGCGAGAUUGGCAGCCAUGGAAAAUCAGCAGCUACUACUGGGACGGUAUCUAUGAAUUGGAACAUUGUCCAGAGAAUCGACCACCCUGGUGAGGUAAACAAAGCACGGUAUUGCCCACAGAAUCCCGAUCUUAUCGCAACGCUUGCGAUCGAUGGCCGAAUCCUCAUCUUCGAUCGAACUAAGCAUAGCUUCGAACCGAACGGCAAGGUAAACCCUCAAGUUAGUCUUGAAGGUCAUCAACAAGAGGGGUUUGGCCUCAACUGGAGCUUGCAUAACGAAGGCGCUCUGGUAUCAGGGAGCGAGGAUCAGACCAUAUGCCUCUGGGAUCUCAAGUCUCUCCAAAAUAACGGCAAUAUUCUCAGCCCUAUUCGCCGCUUCACAAACCACAGCAACAUUGUGAACGAUGUUCAAUUCCAUCCCAUUUCCAAGAGCUUCGUUGGCAGCGUGUCCGAUGACCUCACACUUCAAAUUGUGGAUGUGAGACAGCCGUCAAACUCUCAGUCAUCUUUAAUCGCCAAGGAUGGCCAUAGCGAUGCUAUCAAUUCUCUGGCCUUUAAUCCGUCCACAGAAGUUCUUGUCGCCACUGCCUCUGCGGAUAAAACGAUUGGUAUUUGGGAUCUGCGUAAUGUGAAAGAGAAAGUCCAUACACUGGAAGGCCACCAGGACGCUGUGACAUCUCUUUCUUGGCACCCUCAUGAAGCUGGUGUUCUCGGUAGCGCUAGCUACGAUCGCCGUAUCGUUUUUUGGGACUUGAGCAGGGUUGGCGAGGAACAGCAACCUGAUGAUCAGGAGGACGGACCUCCAGAGCUGUUGUUUAUGCAUGGUGGGCACACCAACCACUUGGCAGACUUCAGCUGGAAUUUAAAUGAUCCCUGGCUUAUGGCAAGCGCUGCAGAGGAUAAUAUGGUGCAGAUAUGGAAAGUUGCAGACUCCAUCGUCGGCAAAGAUGAAGCAGAUCUGCCUCUCGAUGAGCUAGGAAUGCCGCCGUUGACCUCAUACCAUCCUACCCAGCCGCCAGACUCUCCGGUCAAUAAUUCAGAUUCCGAUGUUGACCUGAACCUUGACGAGCUCGACCCUACUGGUUCGUCACAUGUCCAAACCACGCGGCUGUUAGGGCAUAAUUCCAGCUCCGAUCAUCAACCACCACGGAUUGCAUUACGGAAUAUUCGCAUGGGAGGCCUGAGGCGACCAGGGAAUCGAUAUCGCGGCUAUGGAGAGCUCGGUCACAAUAGAGACGGACACGGGGAUACUAGAAGGCUCUUGGAGGAUUCACAGAACGAGCAGUACUCCGAUGGAGAUGGAGGUAAUCGUGUCGGCGAUGAAGAACCUCUCCUGGAUGAAUAUGCCCCUCACUCCCGGCGGCGAUCUUUCGCAAGCAACAGGCUUCAGAACCUAGCCUAUAUCGGUUCGCUCUUCAAGUUUAUAUUAAAUACGAAGGCCAGCAAAGUCGGCGACGAUGGGGGUGACGACGACAAGGAGGAUGAUCUAUCAACGUCGAGACUAAUCGUUGUUGGCUCACCUCAAUCUGCCCGGUAUCCACCGAAUCUCGUCUCAAAUGCAAAAUACACGGCGUUCACCUUUCUCCCUAUCACGCUAUACAAUGAAUUUUCUUUCUUCUUCAAUCUGUACUUUUUACUGGUCGCCUUAUCACAGGUCAUUCCGGCAUUAAGGAUAGGCUAUUUGUCUACCUAUGUCAUUCCGCUUGCCUUUGUCCUCGUGAUCACAAUGGGCAAGGAGGCAUACGACGAUGUAGAGCGACGCCGAAGAGAUAACGAGGCAAACUCUGAGGAAUAUGUUGUUCUUCACUUUGGCGAUCCUGGACGCCAGCACACAUUAUCACCCUCUCGGAACUCCGAGUUAUCCUUGAAGAGUAUCCCGCGCCAACCAGUGGCUCAAAAAGACCGAUUGUCGGCUGUUCAGGAAGAGGAGGACCAGGCAGAAAGCCAACGGCGGGGCCAUCCGUCGUCCACCAUCUGGGAAAUCAGGAAGAAGUCCCGGGACCUUAAGGUUGGCGAUGUUCUUAAGCUCAGCAAAGGACAACGUGUUCCCGCGGAUGUCAUUAUACUGAAGUGCUCCGCCCCUGAAGGUGCACAUGGCCAAGCUCAGGCCGCCGGAGGUACAGGGCCGAGUUCAUUAUUGGCAGAACCGUGUGAUUCAUCGUCCCAGAAGGGAAAAGGCCUCGAGCUGGGAGGUACACAAACGGCUGGGGGCAAGUCACUCGGGGAAACAUUCAUCAGGACAGAUCAGCUCGACGGUGAGACGGAUUGGAAGCUUCGACUGGCAUCUGCCCUAACUCAGACCCUACCCGUGGAAGAGUUCGUGCGUAUUAGGGUUACAGGAGGGAAACCGGAUAAGAAGGUUAAUGAGUUCCUUGGCAAGGUUGAGCUCAUGGCAACGGCACACCAUCUCAACGAUAUCGCUGGCGAGAGCAGCGAAAGUGGUGUGGACCACUCGGCCCCCUUGACGAUCGACAACACCGCUUGGGCAAACACCAUCAUUGCCUCCCACGCAACCACGAUGGCUGUUAUCAUUUACACAGGGCCACAGACUCGAUCUGCUCUUUCCACCUCAUUGUCACGAUCAAAAACUGGGCUACUAGAAUAUGAGAUCAACUCCCUAACUAAAAUACUUUGUGCAUUAACGCUAGCAUUGUCGGUCGUUCUCGUGGCACUGGAGGGAUUCGGCAACACCGAAGGCAAUAUAUGGUAUGUGAAAAUCAUGCGAUUCCUCGUAUUAUUUUCUACCAUUGUCCCGAUUAGUCUUCGGGUCAAUCUUGAUCUCGGGAAGAGUAUAUAUUCCUGGUUCAUUCAACGGGACUCGGGCAUUCCGGGCGCAGUAGUACGAACCAGCACAAUCCCGGAGGAUCUCGGGCGCAUCGAAUACUUACUUAGCGACAAGACGGGCACCCUAACACAGAACGAGAUGGAAAUGAAGAAAAUCCAUGUGGGAACUGUGUCUUAUGCCAACGAAGCAAUGGACGAAGUUGUCGCACACGUCAGGCAUGGCUUCUCCAACGCGACGAAUGGUACGGCGCUCGCCACGCCCUCAUCCUUGUGUAUCCCGGCAGCCGGGGCUACUGUUACUCGAACCCGGCGAGAAAUUGGAUCGAGGGUCAGGGAUGUAGUUUUGGCUUUGGCUCUGUGUCACAAUGUGACUCCGACUAUGGAUGAAGAGGACGGGCAAGUGCGUAUUUCGUACCAAGCCGCCUCCCCGGACGAGAUAGCCAUUGUCCGGUGGACUGAAUCGGUAGGCCUUCGCCUCGCGUAUCGAGACCGAAAAGAAAUCGUCCUUGAAUCAACAGAGACCGGGAAAGCGGUCGUGCGGGUUCAGAUAUUGAACAUUUUCCCCUUCACCUCUGACGGGAAGCGAAUGGGCAUAGUUGUUUGCUUCCACGAACACUUACAUACCCCUCCAUCCGGCCUGCAAAACGGCGAAAUAUGGUUCUACCAGAAGGGUGCCGACACAGUAAUGGGGCCUAUCGUCGCUGCGAAUGACUGGCUCGAAGAGGAGACCGCAAACAUGGCUCGCGAGGGCCUAAGGACUCUAGUAGUUGGGCGUAAGAAGUUAUCCCACGAACAGUAUCAAGACUUCUCCGCCAGCUAUCAGGAGGCUUCUCUAGCGAUUGACAGGCGUGACGCCAGUAUGCAGGACGUGGUCGCGGAGCUGCUUGAGCAUGAUCUCGAGCUGCUGGGAGUCACCGGGGUAGAGGACCGACUACAGAGGGAUGUAAAGCCUUCCCUUGAGCUUCUCCGCAACGCCGGUAUUAAAAUUUGGAUGUUGACGGGCGACAAGGUCGAGACGGCAAGAUGCGUGGCUGUCAGCUCGAAACUCGUUUCGCGGGGCCAAUACAUUUACACCGUCUCGAAGCUGAAGCAUAAGGACAAUGCUCGAGAACACCUGGACUUUCUCAGAAGCAAACCUGACUCCUGCUUACUCGUCGAUGGCGAGAGCUUGUCCCUUUUUCUGACGUACUUCGGAGUCGAGUUCAUCUCCGCAGCUGUACGAUUGCCAACAGUUGUGGCUUGCAGGUGCUCGCCCACGCAGAAGGCAGACAUCGCGAAGCUGAUUAAGGAGUUCACCAAGAAGCGAGUCUGCUGCAUUGGCGACGGCGGAAACGACGUGUCGAUGAUACAGGCUGCGGAUGUUGGUGUGGGCAUCGUUGGCAAGGAAGGUCGUCAGGCGAGCCUAGCAGCGGACUUUUCCAUCGAGCAAUUCUGCCACCUCACCAAGCUCCUGGUGUGGCACGGUCGGAAUAGUUACAAGCGAAGCGCUAAGCUUGCUCAGUUCGUCAUCCAUCGCGGACUCAUCAUCGCCAUGUGCCAGACCAUGUACAGCAUUGCUAUAAAAUUCGAGCCAGAAGGACUGUUCAAGGAUUGGCUCCUGGUGGGAUACGCGACCGUCUACACGGCCGCGCCUGUGUUCUCCCUCGUCCUCGACAAGGAUGUCGACGAGAAUUUGGCAAAUCUCUAUCCCGAGUUGUACAAAGAGUUAACCUCUGGGCGCUCCCUGUCCUACCGCACCUUCUUCAUCUGGGUCUUCGUAUCGGUAUAUCAGGGCGGCAUUAUCCAGGGCUUGGCUCAAAUUCUAACCGAAGUGGACGGUCGGAAGAUGGUAGCUGUGAGCUACACGGUUCUCGUACUGAACGAACUGCUCAUGGUCGCCAUCGAAAUCACGACUUGGCAUCCGGUGAUGAUUCUGUGCAUCAUCGGAACUUUCUUAUUCUACGUCGGGUCGAUGCCAUUUCUCGGCGGCUACUUCGAUCUCGAGUUCAUCAUCAGCUGGGGUUUCGUCUGGCGCGUGCUAGCCAUCGGAGCCAUCUCGCUGAUCCCGCCAUACGUUGGGAAGUUGAUUAGGAGAACCAUGAACCCGCCGUCUUACCGAAAGGUGCGAGGUAUCUAG